CACGGCACCACCCGUGUCCUCAACAUCGCUGUCAACAAAGCUCAGCAGCUUUGAAUCCAAUUUCGGAUAUGCGUUCAAUUCAUCUACGUAUUUCCCCCACCCUGAAAGCCGGAAAAAUUCAACGGACUACUCCCCCAAUUGGAAUCGACGUAAGGCUGUUGAUCAACACCGCGGUCCUUCGUCAGGCUUUCACGUGAAACUUUGCUUGUGGCGGCAACCUUCCGGCCUGAGCUGAUGUAAGCCACUCAGCGGCAGGGCCUGCACAAUGACGAUUCUGCACAGGGUUAAGACACUGUCCCGCAUUCAGCCUGUGAGACUCUAUCUGCGCACCUUGUCGCGGGGUAACGCUUUCUCUUUUUUUCAACAAAGCUCCCAAAUCCGGUUCGCAUCGGCUCAGCUUAAAAUGUCUGCUAUAGAGGAUGCUAAACGUGCGGCGGCGCGGGAAGCUGUUGCCAACCAUUAUCCUCAAAAUCCCAAAUUCGUUGGCAUUGGGAGCGGUACGACCAUCGUCUACGUUGUUGAGGCCAUCAAAGCCCUUGGCAUUGACACCUCCUCCACCUCAUUCGUGCCCACUGGUUUCCAAUCAAAUCAACUCAUUGUCAAUGCAGGGUUGACACCCAUUGCCUUUGAUGCGCUUCCAGAGGGCGCCGUUCUGGAUAUUGCGUUUGAUGGUUCCGACGAAGUCGACGAUGAUCUGAACUGUAUCAAGGGCGGUGGUGCGUGCUUGUUUCAAGAGAAAUUGGUUGCCCUGCAAGCAAAGGAGUUCAUUGUUGUUGCUGACUACCGAAAACUCCAACCACGACUUUUGACUGCCUGGCCUUCGAUACCCAUUGAAGUCGCACCUCUCGCCUCACGCAGAGUUAUCACGGCCCUCCAAGCCCUUGGAAGCCCAGAACCCAAGCUCCGCCAAUCGUUAAUUUCCCAAGAAGGCCCUGUGAAGACAGACCAGAGCUUCUUCCUCAUCGACGCGCCGUUCCCACAGCUCCUUACUUCCUCGGACAUCCAAAGUGGAAAGACUGCUUCUGCGAAGGAAGGUAUUUGGGAGGUUGAAACAUUAGCGAAGGAGAUUAAACAAAUUCCAGGUGUACUGGAAGUUGGCUUGUUUUACGGACCUACCGGACCACAGGCCCAGGCUACUGGUGGAGUCGGUGGCCAGAAACCGAUCGCUGCAUAUUUUGGAAUGGCCGAUGGCUCAGUCAGUGUUAGAAAAGUAAAAUAGGCGUUGUGAUUACAUUUGGGGGGGGGGGUUUCUCACCACAGGGUUUUCCGUAAAUACACCUUAGGAUAUAGAUCAUGAAUAGAAACUGAUAAAAUUGCA